UAGAUGAGUUGAGACAAAGACACCGCUUGCUUCCAGGAGAAACACUGAGGAGGAACAUACAGCUCAACGGAAGCCCAAAAAGUGAAAUCCACAGAAGAAAAGCAGCAAAGGCAAGCAGGAGGAGCAGCGAGAGGUCCAUCGGACCCUCACACACAGCGACAACAAUUCCACCAUGAGUAUGACUGGCACGCUGGAGAAGGGGGCGCACCAUCAGGUCCUGGAUCUUUCUGAGGAGCUGCCGCCUCACCAUCACCCUCACGGCAACCACCAGUGUCUGGCCUCCACUCCUGCGGUGGCGGGAGGGGGCAGGGAGACGCCCUCGCGGGUGGUGGUGCCCCCACCUUACUCCGCAGCCGAGGGCGGGGCGGGCGGCGAGACCCCGCUGGAGCUGCGGGGGUCCCUGGACUGCUGGGCCUGCUCGGUUCUGGUGACGGCUCAAAACCUGGUCAUCGCCGCCGUCAAUGCCUGCCUGGCCGCGCUGGUGUUUGGUAGCGUCUUGACGCCAGCCAUCGUCAUGGUGUUCUUCGGGUUCCUCUGCCACUCCACGGUGCGACCCCACGGGACUAGCAUGUACUGCGCCGACCUGCUGACGGACGGAGGCUGCGUGGCUCUACUGGUGGUGGGCUUCCUGCUGGUGACGCCUCUGCUGGUGCUGGCCUUGGCCGCAUACUGCCGCCUGGCCAGGCACCUCCAGCUGGGCCUGUGCUUCAUCCCGUACAGCCGGGCCGUGUACAAGAACCUACCGGCCAGUCAGCAUCGUGGACUGGGGGGUUGCUGCGGAAGCCGGGAUGGGGUGGGUGGCGGGGGCAAGGGAAAGGUCUGGGUAUGA